CAUUCAAUCGAAGAAAUUCUCAGCUGGUUGGUAAUAUACAAUCCGUGCGAAGAUAUCGCUUUCACCAACAAAACAACAAAUUCGAACUGAAAUUGUAAUCAAUUCAUUUCCCUGCGUUUUCAUAAAAUUGUUCAAAAUAACUUCCCAAAGUGAAAUGACACCUAAACUAAAAUUCGUCGAAGGCGAAAAAGUUUUAUGUUUUCAUGGACCCUUAAUUUAUGAAGCCAAAGCCCUAAAAAGCACUGUUACAAAGGAUAAGCAGAUAAAAUACUAUAUUCACUACGCCGGCUGGAACAAAAACUGGGAUGAGUGGGUUCCGGAGAAUCGUGUGCUCAAGUACAAUGAAGCGAAUGUACAACGCCAAAAGGAGGUUUACAAGCAGCAUUCUAAUGCUGCCGGGAAGAAUAAAAAAACAGCCACACCUAAAGGCAAAAAGGGUGAUGCGGCUGUAGGAGUGGCUUCUAAAGAUGGUACUGCUAGCGGCAGUAGUGAAUCACGCGCGUCUACGCCUUCAAAAGAAUUGAAUACUACACCAUUGGCGGCACCUGCAAGUUCUAGCCGAAGCAAUCGCAUAAAACCGACUACCAGUACUCCACUCCCCAAAGAUAGUGAGGGAGGAAUUUUUCCUAAAGAGGAAUCAAAUACCCCUUCAGGCACCAAUAAGGAUGAUGCUGCCAAGGAGGAGCCACCGAAAAAGAAGCGUGGGGGCUCCACAUCAAAUGCUAGUGACAAAUCCAAUAGUAGCGCGGCCAGCACUAGUAAUAACACAUCAUCCACACCUGCAGCUACAUCCAACACGGCUGUUGGCGGGGCGGCAAUUCAUAGCCGUUUAGAUACGUGUGUAGAAUCCGAAGAAACAUUCCUUUCCAAGGUGGAAGUGAAAAUAAAAAUACCAGAUGAACUGAAGCAAUGUCUUGCUGAUGACUGGGACGCCAUUACGCGCCAGCACAAACUGCUUGACAUUCCCGCAAAGAUUACAGUGCAAGAUAUUGUUGAUCAAUACAUUGCCUUCAAGAAGACUUCUAAGUCGACCAAUGCUUCCAAGGAAGUAGCAAUAAACGACGUAUUAAAUGGAGUCGUCGAGUACUUCAAUGUCAUGAUCGGCUCUCAGUUGCUCUAUAAAUUCGAGCGACCACAAUAUGCGGAAAUAUUGCAGCAGCAUCCGGAAACUCCACUUUCCAAGCUUUAUGGUGGAUUCCACCUAUUACGUCUAUUCGUUAAACUCGGAUCAAUGCUGGGGUUCUCCGCGUUAGAUGAAAAGUCAAUGCAGAUGUUGUUAGUGCAUUUGCAUGACUUUUUAAAAUUUCUUGUUAAAAAUAGUGCCACUUAUUUCAGUAUGACUAACUUCGUCAAUGUAAGUCCAGAGUACCAUCGUAACACUCAAUGAUUUUAAAUGUGCUGCGGAUUCAGAAAUGGUAACGGUAAAUAGGUGACUAUUGUUAAAUAUAAUGUUGCGUGGAUCCGUAGAUUUUCAUAAAAUUUCAUUAUAAAAUCUCAUUCGCAUCUUCAUAGCACGUCAUUGAAUAUUUUAAUUUAGUUACGACUAGCGUACCAAUACAAGUUUGUAAAGGUUCCUUUUUUAGCGAUAUCACGAAUUUAACUUUAACGUGAUAUGUUUCCUUUAUUGUAAAGCCGAUUGUAGAUGUCAUUGUGUAUUCAAUAAUGAAUUUAUAUUUUAACAAACGUAUAUGAAAAUGUUAUACUU